CUAUGAUGGAAUCAAUCACAUAUCUUCAUACCAAUCGGAAGCUUUGAAAUCGGGAUCACAUCCGAAAAUCACGAAUCAUGGGUUUUCUAGUUUUCUACGUAUGCUGUUAUGUUGAAAUUGUUCCACAAACGAUCGGCAAAACCCUAAUACGCAGGGGAAGCAUCGACGGAUCAAGGUGCGGCAAAGGCUACACAUAAGAGUCCACCCUGUUCAGGUCCACCAAUACCCAUAUCCAGUGAUAUCAAUAGCGAGCAUAGCGACCGCUAUUGCGUUUUGCGAGGCGAGGCGUUCAAGGGUCGCUAUGGGCUCAAUAGCGACGUAGCGACGUUCUUGAUUUUUUUUUUUUUUUUAAUACGGUAUCUAUAGACCCGUUUUAGGGUUUUUUUAGUGGACUAAGUCAAAGAAGGUUCAUACGCUCUUCUCUCGACCCAGCCUCCCUUCCACUUCUUCAACUAUUGCCAGCUCCUUUCCUUCUUCCUGCGAUUUCUCUUGCAAUCAAAGAUUAAUAGUCUUUUUUGGUAGUAUGCAUGUUUUAGAACUUAUUUGAGUUAAUAGUCUUGGGGUUUUUAGCUUAUUUAUUAGUUAUAAUUGCUAAUUAGGUGAAAGUAAUAGUAGUAUAAAUUUUUUAAUAGGUAUUCUCUAAAAAUGAAAUAGCCGUUGCUAUUUGAUCGCUAUCGCGACAUAGCUUAUAGGUCAUGGAGAAAUUACCGAGCUGAGUUGCAUAAAUACUUUAAAGAUAUUGAUGUGGAAAAUGAGAAUGUUUGCAAAGUUAUCAAGAGCUACAUGGCAAGGUCAUGGAGAAAUUACCGAGCUGAGUUGCAUAAAUACUUUAAAGAGUUUGGAGGACCAGAAGACCCAAUAAAGGCAAAGACUAAACCCCCUUCAGAUAUUCGUAGCAAAGAAGACUGGGAGUAUCUAUGUGACAUGUGGUGUGAACCAAAAUACAUGGAAAUGGCAAAAAAGAAGGUUGUUGCUCACGGAAAGCGAAAAAUGGAGACAAGAAAUGGGUCGAAGAGUACAAUACGCUAUCAUGUUGAGCUUGGACAUGAUGUGGAUUCUUCAUCGGGUCAUAUUGAGACUUGGCGGCUUACACAUUGGGAUGAAGAAAAAGGUUGGGAUUCUACAGAUAUGGCUGCAAAAUAUAAAUGAAAAAGAUGAGAAAUGAGCAUUCCUUGGAAUCAAUGAGUGACAAGUUGAUUAGAGAAGGUACUUGGACGAAGCUCUGUUCGUUUGUUCGGGUGGGGACGUGAUCCUGUUGUCGCUGGUAACAUCACGGGUUCUAUUGAGAAAUCUAAGCAUCCUAGUUACGAUGAAUUAGUGGAUGAAUUGGAAACAAUGAAAAUAGAACAUGAAGUUAUGAAGCAAAUAUUGAUUGAGAAAAACAUCAUGCCUCCUCCACUUAGCACAUCAUCAGGACGAUCACAUGGUGAUACAUCCGAGUGUGGUACAUCUAACCACACUCAGUCGGGAUAGUCUCAUGAUGAAAAUAUUGAUAUAUAUGAUGAUAUGCAAUGACCAUUCUAUAAAUUUUAGUAUUUUCAAGUAGCUACUCAUGACUAGUUGAUCUUUUGGUAGUUUAAGUAUUUCAAGUUUUGAGACUUGUAAUUUUUUUGGUUUGAAAUAUUAUGUU